AUGCUAGUUGCAGCUAUAGUGGACCUGUUUAAGUACAAACUUGUUAAUAGCAUCAUUGUAUUAGCGUGCUGGCCACACAUAGAUCGUGUGAAAUUCAUGCAUCUAUUAUUUAAAUAUGGUAUAACUGCCACAUUCACAUGCUCGGAAACUUUUGAUGUCAUCCCCCAAUUUCAGGGUGUGUUAUACUUCAAUGGACCAAACGAUGUAUUGUUAGAAAGAGUUAGGCCAGAACAUUAUUCUCAUUGUUACAAAUGGAUGGUGGUUGGUGAUGAUAUACCAAGCGCUCUCCAUCAUGUGCGCUAUGAUGUUGAUGCGGUGAUGUUAAAAUUACCAUCAAACACUCCUAGAAAUGAAUUUCAGAAUUUAAAUUAUUCUACAUCACCUAAUCAAACAUUAUACAUAGAAGAUAUUAUGGUUCACCCACACGACGGUGCAUCCAUACAUCCUUGGGCCUAUUGGACGAAAUAUUCGGGGUUAAAAGUGACACAUGAUCGUGAAAAGAUUUUGCGGCGUUUAAACUUCCGAAGAUCACCCAUUAGAAUUGCAUCUCCCAUUUCCAACUAUUCUCCAGAAACGUACGAAGGCAGCUACGAAGAUUAUAUGGAGGAUAUUACGAUGCCAAAUGCAGGAGUACGCUGUGGUUAUGGUGCAGCCGUACUUAUAACUGAAGCCCUAAACGCUACCAAAGCUAUACAAGUAACAGCGACAUGGCUGGAAAUAACCAACAAAAGCGAAAUUCAUACUAGCAUGUACAUGUUACUUUUGUCUGCACAAACGGAAAUGGGCGCAGGCACGUUACGACCUACGUAUGUGAGAAUGUCUAUAUUAGACUACAUAAUGCCUAUAUGGCUGUUCAGUGUUGGCUUCACAUACCUUGCUGAGAGAGACAGUAGUAGCAACAUGUAUAUACAGCCCUUCACAACGUCAGUAUGGUGGACAUGUCUAGUCAUUGGUAUCAUCCUAGCAUUAGCACAGAGGUUUACAGCCAGGAAAGCUGAAGAGAAGGAGGGGGCAUAUAUGUCUGUAUUGGCUACUUGGUUGCAGCAAGAUGCAGGUGCUGUACCGACUGGUACAGCGGGUCGGUGGACCUUCAGCGUUAUGUCCAUUUGUUCAAUGCUGGUGCAUGCAUACUACACUUCAGCAAUAGUAUCGGCUCUCAUGAGCGCCGGACGAGGAGGUCCAAACACAUUAAGGGAAUUGGGAGAUUCAAAUUACGACAUCGCAUCUGAGUUCCAGGAUUUUAUGGGCAGUCAAUUCUUCAAUAGAACAACACCAUGGAGUGACUUUGAAUACUUAAAGAAGAAGAAAAUGACAUCGAACCUGUACCGUAAUAUUGAUUACGCAAUGAAGCACAUGAAGCGUGGUACAUUAGCAUACCACGCGGAAUACCACCAGUUGUAUUCAUAUUACAAUAGAUUUAAUGACGAGGAGUUGUGCAAGAUAAAGAAAAUUGACACGAUCCCAGAGAAAAUGUCAUGGGUGACUGGACCCCACCGUGGUCAAUACACCAACGUGAUGCGGUCGGCUGCCAUGUGGGUCCUAGAAACAGGACUAGCCAGGCGCCUGAUACUCCGCACCUCUGUCCAGCCUCCACCUUGCAGGGCAGCGAUGUUGGCCGAACGAGUUGUACUCUCAGAUAUAGUCCCAUUAAUAGGUGUUAGCAUUUUGGCAGCCUUUGUGUCUAUAUUCCUUUUGACUUUAGAAAUCAUUCAUGCAAAAUGGAAAAGAAGAAAUGCAGAAUUGUCGACUAAUGAGUUUGUGCCCAAGGACGAUGUAGAUGAAAUAUCUGCAAUAACAAUGUAG